UCUUCGCAUUUCAUCUCAGUUAGAAUUUGCUCUCCGUUGGUGGUUGCCAGACAAAGGUGCGAUUUCUCGCGGGUCGUUGAUUGCUGUUAAGCAAAGCGUUUUGGGCCACUAGUUAACAGGUACUCUGCUGUAGUGUUCAAAGGGCCUAGACCCCCAAACGCUUCCGGACUACUUUGGGAAGUGCGUGCGUGCGAAAUCAGCGGGAAUCGAAACCAGAACGACUUGAUUUGGUCCGGCGCGUUGUGCGAUGAGUGUGAUUUCGCCCGGAAUGGCCCGAAGCUUCCGGUGUUCGUUGGUGGAAUAAAUUUCGAGGUUUUUCCAACCACUUGCAAAAUUGAUUAGUAUCUACUCGAGUGCAGACGAGUCGGAUCCAGAAUCUCCGGAAAAAACGUUGCCCCCCUCAAGUGGAACAACCUUGCUCUCUAGUGGGGGCGAAGAUCCCUACGGUCGCAGUCGCAGUCGGUGGGAAAAACGUAGAUGCUGAGGACGACGGUGAACAAGAGGAGUGAGUUUUAUUUUCUGUUGUAGAAGAAGAAUCAUCAGCCGAAGAGCGCAAUAGGCCUCGCGGGGGUUUUUCAAACAAGUGUGUUUGCCAAGUUUUUCCUGUCGUCGCUUGGCUCCCCACCUGCUUGGCUGCCAACUCAGUGUCUGAAACGCGGGGAAGAAGGUUCGUAAGGUCAACCUGGCUGGCAACGUUGUGUAGUUGUUUCGGAUCGUAGCAUCGCUAUCUGAUUCUUGGCAAGUCUUGUGUAGAGGGAAAAGUAUUGAUUGCACACUUCAGGAGUAACAACAGUGGGGCAUUGUUGUCCAUCGAUUCAGUGUGUCGGUUCAGAAUAUGUUCAUGAAAAUUAUACCAGUGUAGUUCGGGGAAUGCAACGUAAUCUACAAACAACAGGAUCCAGUUAACCUGAGAAGCAAAUAUUCUGGAAGAGAAACAUCCCAAAACCUAAAGAGAUUGCUUAAUAUCAUCAAGUGCGGUUCGAAAUUCCAAAGUAAUUACAAUCAUUAUAAGUAAAGAGUGCUACACAGUCCGUCUUCUCAUUGAGCCAAUCAUUGAUAAGUGUUUCGGUGAAAUCGAAGUUAAAUCGAGAAGAAACGUUCAGCUGUGUGAAAAAAAUUCCAUCGUUCUGUGCUGGAAAAAUCCAUCUUCAAAGGUGGAAGGUGUUAUGUAAUUUUAAUUGGUCUCCGUGGCAUCGAACGGAAUCUCAACCGGGGAUAACUCGAGCGUUGCUUAAUUUUUUCGUAGUUGAUUCAUUUGCUGUGUUGCGCUGGAAAUCUGGAAGAAGCUGCCAUCCCGGUGGAGUCGCGUCAUCUUUUGAAAAGCAGUCUGAAGCGGGAGUAAUUACGGAGAAAGAUUGCAUCUAGGCAUCUAGGUACACGCCCACAGCACCAGUAGAAAGUUGUUUGGCAUGGCAAACACCCGACCAGUCCAAGCGGAGACCUUCCAGCAACAGUAAUCAAUCUCCCAACACCAUCGUUGUCAACCCAUCUCAGCCCGGGUCCGAGGGGUUGGCCGUGACAGCUUAAAACCCGGCGGAUUUCCCAUCGAGAAACAAAAACCCCAUUGGCGCCUUCUCUUUCUUGGAUCAGGAAAACCCAUCAGCAUCAUCUUCGUCAUCCACUAGUGGCUCUCGUCGGAAGGGUAGUGCGGCACCUGCGGCUUUUGGGGGUUCGACUUUGCACCGAGCGGUAAUCAUUUAUUAUAGAAUCGAUCCGACUUGGAGCAGAGACGACACUUGCUUUGCCAUAAAAGUCACCACCUUAGGUGUUGUUGGUCACGUCCGGGACACAUGUCCGAAGCUAAGCCCGGCCCGGGUCCCUCCAGGCAGCUGUAAUUAAAGACAAACUCCAAGCGAAAACCGGCAUCCAGCAAGAAGUGGUGAUUUUCGAUUUGAAUUUUAAUAGAGUAGGGUAGGGCUGGUGGAAGGAGAAUGGUUAGGGUGGAGGCGGUUUGUAUGCGGUUAGAUGUUCUUGAAAAGAGUGAUACUUUCAGUGGGACUACGACGUCGUUUAGCUGUUGUGAGUGGUAGAGGAAGCAACGUCAACGAGGUGGUAUUUUUAUUCAUUGGAAACCCCAGGGAUCAAAAGAUGUUCCCACGAAGAAUGUAAUCAAAGCGAAGUAGAUGGCUAGAUGGUGUAGGUUCCAUUAGAUGAGAUUACAAGAUUAAUUACGGUGUGAGUAGGUGAUUGCGUAGCGUGUACGUGUUGACGUGGAUAGUGCUUCAGUGAACUUAGUCCGGGUCCUUAUAUGGACGCACUGGCGUUAUCGAGGCUCGUAAAUGAAAUCACAAUUGGAAGCCAGGAAGGUUUAUAUGCGCAGCGGUUGCAGGAACAGCAGAGUUACAGUCAAGUUCCGGAUAUUGAAGCGACGGCUAUUUCGGCCGUACCGUUCGCCCUGUUGACGUUGAAUCAAACGCUGAGCCACUCCUUAGCGGGUGCAGCUAACGGUGGCUUCGAUGGUGGUUUGAGUCCUGCGGUUGCGGCAGCUGCGGCCGUAACAAGUACCAGUACAACUACCGCCGGAUCGAUCAUCGCAUCGACCCUAGCCGGCAAGGCACUUGAUCACGAACCGGAAAUCGACACAAUCCGCAAGGUGAUCAUAUGUAUCGUUCUACUAGCUGUGAUAUUCGGUACCAUCGUGGGCAAUAUUCUAGUCUGUGUGGCAGUCUGCUUAGUGCGGAAACUGCGCAGGCCAUGCAACUAUCUUCUAGUAUCUCUCGCAGUGUCGGAUCUGUGCGUGGCCUGCCUGGUGAUGCCUCCAGCCUUGAUGUACGAAGUCCUCGGCGAGUGGAACUUCGGUAGAGUUUUCUGUGAUAUUUGGGUAUCGUUCGACGUGCUUUCGUGCACGGCUUCGAUCCUGAACCUGUGUGCGAUAUCGGUCGAUCGGUACUGGGCCAUCACGAAACCGCUAGAAUACGGCGUCAAACGGACGCCUCGCCGGAUGAUGCUCUGCGUGGCACUCGUCUGGCUGGCAGCUGCCUGUAUAUCGCUGCCACCGCUUCUAAUCCUAGGCAAUAAGCACACGAUUGGCGAAGGCCCCGACCAGCGUCCAUUUUGUGCCGUUUGCGAAGACGUAGGUUAUCAAAUUUACGCCACCCUGGGGUCCUUCUACAUACCCCUGGCGGUGAUGCUUUUUGUAUACUAUCAGAUAUUCCGAGCCGCCCGGCGAAUAGUCAAGGACGAAAAGCGGGCCCAAACAAGACUGGAAAAUUCCCUCGCAGUGGAUAAAAACCAAGCCAUGCUCAAACCCCCGGAACCGCUAUCCAGCUCCGUCGGGUCGCCCCACCAAAAGAAACUACGCUUUCAGCUAGCCAAAGAACGCAAAGCUUCCACCACCUUGGGCAUCAUCAUGUCCGCCUUCACCAUCUGUUGGCUGCCCUUCUUCAUCCUGGCUCUGGUCCGACCCCUUAUGGACGACGACUACCCCACCCUCUCAUCCUUCUUCCUCUGGCUAGGCUAUGCCAACUCCCUCCUGAACCCCAUCAUCUACGCCACCCUGAACCGGGACUUUCGGAAGCCCUUCCAGGAGAUCCUGUACUUCCGCUGUUCGAACCUGAACAUCCUGAUGCGGGAGGACUUCUACCACAGCCAGUACGGGGAACCGGGCUCCCAGCGCUUUGUCCUGGACAACGAAGGCCAGCAUACGGCGCGAGAGAGCUUCCUCUGAAACAUUACCGCGCUCGUGGCCAUGCCGGCCUUGACGACUUCUAUGACCAUGACGAACGGUGAUGAUCAAGUCGUAGAUACAAUCAGUGCACCGCUGUCACCGCCGCCGCCGUCGCCUCCCACGUGACCUGCACCCAAGUUUACGAGUUUCGAGUGCCCGUGCUGCGAGUGAUCGAGCGAGAGUGCGUUGCCAUGUAGCGAUCGGUAGUACCAGUAGAAGAGUAUGUAGUCGGUAUAGUAGCGUUAGUAGAGUGUUAGACGUCGACGAGCGAGGCUCAAUUUUUAGUACGUGUUUAAAUGCUGAUGGGGUGGCCGUUGAGGCCCGGUACAAUCAGCGACCUAAAAUCGAUGGAGUAUUAUUAUUGUGUAGGCAAGUCACAAACGAUACGUUUUCGUACCUACUCUGGGUGAAAGUUAUUAAAUUAAUAAUUUUCGACCGGGUUGUAUUAUGUAUAAGGGUAAGUGAGGAGGAUCACGAUUGGUUGGGUAAGUUGGUGGUUUCAGAGAGUUUCGGAUGAUAUUUUUUUUGAGGAAAUUAUUGGUACUUUGCACUUUUCCAGAUUUUUUCAAAAAUUUCCUUUGUAUGCUUUAGAUUUCUGGAUUUUGUUACUAAAACGUAAGAUUUUAUGAUAACCCUCUAAUAUUUCUUGAAAAAUCAUAUGUGAAAUCUAUGUCAGGUUUCCUUACAGCAAAUAUUGUAAGAAUCAUACCAAAGGAGAACUUAGAAGCUUUUGAAAAUAAUCU